UCGAACAAUCCGGCACUAACUCGACUCUGCGAGAUGGGCAGGGAACCGGAACGAACGCCAUUCCUCGAGAAGUUGUUCACCUUCAUGCAGAACCGCGGCACUCCUAUCACCUCCCUGCCCUCCAUCUGUAAACAGGUCAUUGACCUAUUUUCUCUCUACUUCCUGGUCAAGGAAAUGGGCGGUAUGGAUGAGUUGAACAAGAGCAAGAAGUGGCGUGACAUCAGUUCAAACAUGGGCCUCGGGUCAUCCAGUAGUGCUGGCUUCACCCUGAAGAAGAACUACGCCAAGUACCUCUACCCGUUCGAGUGCAAGUUCGAUAGGGGCGACAUCGACCCCCUGCCGUUCUUGUCCAGUUUGGAUUCGCUUGGAGGCCUCGCGAAGAGAGAUGCCUCCGCAUUUGCCAGUUCGAAGAAAGGUCUCAGUGAUAAGCCUAAUGUCGACACUAAUGGUGAGUGUGUUUCAUUUUUUUGGAGAAAAAAUUUCAUUGAAAAUGUUUUUCUUCAACUAAUUAGAAUUGCCUGA